AUGAGUGACUACUCGAAAGCACUUGAAUUUUACGAAAAAUCACUUAAAAUAAGAGACAAAGCUCUGCCUCCGAAUCAUCCCGUAUUGGCUAAUUCCUACGUCAACAUCGGUGGAGUGUACAGUAACAUGGGUGACUACUCGAAAGCACUUGAACUUUACGACAAAUCACUUAAAAUAGAAGAAACAGCUCUGCCUUCGAAUCAUCCCUCAUUCGCUACUUCAUACAGCAACAUCGGUGAAGUAUACAGUGAUAUGGGUGACUACUCGAAAGCACUUGAAUUUUACGGAAAAUCCCUUAAAAUAAGAGAAAAAGCUCUGCCUUCGAAUCAUCCAGAUUUGGCUACUUCGUACAACAACAUCGGUCUAGUCUAUAACAACAUGGGUGACUACUCGAAAGCACUUGAAUUUUACGAAAAAGAUCUAGAAAUUACAAAAAAAGCUCUACCUUCGAAUCAUCCAGAUUUGGCUACUUCUUACGGCAACAUCGGUGGAGUGUACAGUCAUAUGGGUGACUACUCGAAAGCACUUGCAUUUUACGAAAAAUCACUUAAAAUAAGAGAAAAAGCUCUGCCUUCGAAUCAUCCAGAUUUGGCUACUUCGUACGGCAACAUCGGUCUAGUCUAUAACAACAUGGGUGACUACUCGAAAGUACUUGAAUUUUACGAAAAAUCACUUCAAAUAAGAGAAAAAUCUCUGCCUUCGAAUCAUCCGGAUUUGGCUACUUCCUACGGGAACAUCGGCGGAGUGUACAGCGACAUGGGUGACUACUCGAAAGCACUUGAAUUUUACGAAAAAUCACUUAAAAUAAGAGAAAAAGCUCUGCCUUCGAAUCAUCCCUCAUUGGCUGCUUCGUACGGCAACAUCGGUUCCGCGUAUACAAACAUGGGUGACUACUCAAAAGCACUUGAAUUUUACGAAAAAUCACAUAAAAUCUUCGAAAAAACUCUGCCUUCGAAUCAUCCAGAUUUGGCUACUUCAUACAACAACAUCGGUCAAGUACAUAACAAAAUGGGUGACUACUCGAAAGCGCUUGAAUUUUACGAAAAAUCACUUAAAAUAAAAGAAAAAGCUCUGCCUUCGAAUCAUCCAGAUUUGGCUACUUCCUACGGCAGCAUCGGUGGAGUGUACAGCGACAUGGGUGACUACUCGAAAGCACUUGAAUUUUACGAAAAAUCACUUCAAAUAAGAGAAAAAUCUCUGCCUUCGAAUCAUCCGGAUUUGGCUACUUCCUACGGGAACAUCGGCGGAGUGUACAGCGACAUGGGUGACUACUCGAAAGCACUUGAAUUUUACGAAAAAUCACUUAAAAUAAGAGACAAAGCUCUGCCUUCGAAUCAUCCUAAUUUGGCUCAAUCCUACAACAACAUCGGUUCGGUGUAUGACAACAUGGGUAACUACUCGAAAGCACUUGAAUUUUACGACAAAUCACUUAAAAUAAGAGAAAAAGGUCUGCCUUCGGAUCAUCCUAAUUUGGCUCAAUCCUACAACAACAUCGGUUCGGUGUAUGACAACAUGGGUAACUACUCGAAAGCACUUGAAUUUUACGACAAAUCACUUCAAAUCUUCCAAAAAACUCUGCCUGCGAAUCAUCCCUCAUUGGCUACUUCCUACAACAACAUCGGUGGAGUGUACAUCGACAUGGGUAACUACUCGAAAGCACUUGAGUUUUACGACAAAUCACUUAGAAUUAGAGAAAAAACUCUGCCUCCGAAUCAUCCCGAUUUGGCUACUUCCUACAACAACAUCGGUGUGGCUUAUUCCGGACAAGGUGACUACCCAAAAGCAGUUUCAUAUCUAGAAAAGUCACUUGCCAUCCUCGAAGAAUCACUUCCGCCAACACAUCCUAACAUUAAAACAACAAUAGAUAACAUUAACUCUGUGAAAAAGAAAAUGUAA